CAAGGUCGCACCCACGAGUGUUGGAGAGUAUAAAUACGUUUGCGCUUGCACGUUUACAGUAUCAGAAUUGAAAUCUUAGACAACAAGCUCACAAGAUCGAUAGAGGCUCAUUUUGUUGGAGUUACACAGUCAAAAGAAAAUACAAAAGACAAUAGAAAAAAUGAAGCUAUCUUUGGUUUUCUUCGCUGUAGUUUUAAGUGCUGUAGUUGUGUUUAACGAAGGUAAGUUUUUACAAUACUUCAUAUGUAGUAAUAGUGUUUCGCUAUCUUGGCUUAAAAAUAAAUAAAAGGGCUCAGCAAAUGACUUUUAAACUACACAUUCUUGAGUAUCAGAGGAUUUUACUCGAAAUUUGAAUUCAAUGUUAGAAUUUUGCAUGAUUAUCGCACAACCGCGUAAAUCCGUUAUCCGCGUAUACAGCUAUUUCAAUUAAGGUUGUCCACGAGUAAAGCGGAAAAGUCGAAUACGAGCGCGAAAGGCUGCUGGGAAUCGCUAAAACAUUAAUGAAUUUAUGUUGUAAAAUGCGGAUAAUAUAACCCUGCGAAGUUUGCCGUUUUUCAGUCAUUUUGUAUUACGCGGGGGAAAUUGACAGCCCAAUACCCUUUGGGGCUGUCAAUUUCCCGUUUGUAAUACAAAAUGACUGAAAAACGGCAAACUUCGCAAGGCUAUAUUAUCCGCAUUUUACAACAUUUCGCAACGGAACUUUGGAAUAUUACUAGUAAUUUUGUGAUGCUCUUUCAAGCUGUGAUGAAAUUUUUGUCUAGAUUUGUUGAGAUCAAAAUUUAGUCUAUAAUGCAAAUGGAACCCCUUCGUCAAUCACUUUUAUUUCAUUUUCUUAAUUCUGUAUUUUGCAGCUUGUAAUCCGGGUGGAAACACCAGACGUACAUCACCCACAGAACGACCCACAUCUCGCCCCAGCACCGUCAGACCGAAUAAAAUUCACCGACGAAUUUUCCGUUUCAUCGUAACAUCGAAACCAGCGCUGAAGAAGACAUGCAAUGCACCGAAUGAAUGUUUGACUGACUGUGGGGUAAAUAAAUACGUUCUUGGAAGAUACGGCUGCAAUAGAGGAUCAUGGUGUUGCGCAAGCAGAUAAGGAAGGACUACAAAAUAUAGGAAAGCUUUGGAAAGCUUGAAAUAGUACAAAAUGAAUUAUUUUGUAUUUUUUUCGAAUUGUUGCCUGGAAAUGGAUUUUGCAUGGAUAGUAAUCCAAUAUACAUUAUGCACAAAGUAUUUAUUUCCACUGCCUAUGAAUAUAGUGUUGUAAAAUAGACGAUUAUCAUCGAUAAGCAGAUUUGCUGUGAAUGUAUUUAUAAAUAAAUAAAGACACGAUAAGCUGACUUGCUGUGUAUGUAUGUAUGUAUAAAUAAUUAAAUAAAGACGAAGAAAUAC